UAUAUUUUUCUCACAAUUCUCGGCCAUCGAAGUAAGCAAGUACGUCGUGUGAAAUCUGAAAUCUUUGCAACUUUGCACAAAAAUUACAAUCUAUGUUGAAGAAUAUAUAAUCCUAAAAGUGAAGCAACGUCUGCAUUUAAAAGUUAAAUACUUAUAAACAGUUUAUUUACCGCAUAAAAUUUGCUAGUGAAUAUAAUUCUCGGCGACAUUUUGAAGCUUUUAUCUGUGGAAAAAAUAAUUUUCACCGUCUGGAAAACAUUUGGGCCAAAACAGGAUCAAAAAUUUGUAAAAGUUGUUUACGCACAAUAUAAUGCCUAUCCCUUGUUUCUACACAAGUGGAUUAUUUUUACAAUGACCAUCUCCUAAUACAAGGAGAAAAUAAAAACAAAAGCCUAGUUGCCUGUAGAUAUGAUGUGUAAGGGCCACCUUUUUGGGACGAUCUAUGCCAGAAAAAAGUGAAAAUACAUCAGCAAUUAACCAAGCGAACUUUGUAAAAAGCACACUUUGGGUGAAAUGUAAAAUAUUUUUGUGCGAUUCGAGAAAAUAUACUUGAAAUCGAAUUCUGUUGUGAAUGAAUUGUGCUAAAUACGAUGUGGUAAAUGGAUGCAUACAUGCUCCACGUUUAAUUGUUUUGUGUCCAUCACAUAAAAACUAAAUUGUACUUUUGUCAAACAAUAUGCACAUAUAUUAUGCAAAACAUACUGUACUCAAAAUUUUGUGAAUGAACAAAAACAACAAAGAGAGAGACAAUAUAUAUUUGCUUUUACUGAAAACCUAGUUCAACUUUUCACAGGAUUAAGAAGAAAGCAUCGGUGGCACGGUACAAGACGUCUACAUAUCAUUGAAAAUGUCAACAAAGAUUACUGUCAAUGCCGAUAGUAGCAGUAGCAGCACAGCUAGCAGUCCAGCGACAACAUCAGCAUCCGCAAGUACUAAUGGUACUACAACGCCAGCUAGACGUCUUCGAGCAAGAACUUCUACAGGUGGUAAUGUAAGCGGUAGUGAAUCUGCUCAGAAGAAACAAAACUCAAAUUCAGAUUCUGGUGUAGGAGUGCCAGUAAACAGCAAUGAAGAGAAAUCUAGUGCCAGUAAAAAGUAUCACAGUAGUUGUCCCCAGCCAACAAGUUCAGGUCGAAAGGAAAAGAACCAUUCUCAGCCACACAGUUCGAGUACUUUCAAUAUGAAUAAAACUGAGGAAUUUCACUUUGAUACACCACUUGAAUGUCCAGUUUUUCGACCCACUCCCGAUGAAUUUAAAAAUCCUCUUGCUUACAUAAGCAAAAUACGUCCAAUAGCGGAGAAAUGUGGUAUCGCAAAGAUCUUGCCUCCAGAAUCUUGGUCACCUCCCUUUGCUGUUGAUGUGGAUAAAUUGAAAUUUACCCCACGUGUUCAGCGCUUGAAUGAGUUGGAGGCAAAAACUCGAGUUAAGUUAAAUUUUUUGGAUCAAAUAGCUAAAUUUUGGGAGCUACAAGGAUCUUCUCUCAAAAUACCUAUGGUAGAAAGGAAAGCAUUAGAUUUGUAUACAUUACACCGAAUGGUCCAGGAAGAAGGAGGAAUGGAGCAAACAACCAGAGACCGAAAAUGGGCAAAAGUUGCAAAUCGAAUGUCAUAUCCAUCGAGUAAAAGUGUUGGCGCUACACUGAAGGCACAUUACGAACGAAUACUCCAUCCAUUCGAAGUUUAUACGUCGGGAAAAGUCUUGGGCCAAUCUGUAACAGGUUCAUCCACAGCUUCUGACGUUAAAAUGGAAGAUGGCACUGAUUAUAAAGCACAUGAAAUACCUACUCGUCAGCAGAUAGCACCUCCGAACGAAAAUAAUGCCAGACGCUCUAAACGCUUCGCCAAUUCAAAUGCAAGUUGUGGACUAGGCUCCAAUCGGACAUCUGUAAAAACUGAAACUAAGGAAGAUUUUAAGCGAGACUUAAUGAGCUGCUUCAAUGCAUCUACUGCAUCAACAGCCGGGCGUUCGAAUGCUGGAAAUGGAAUUGCCGCUUCUGCCCAAAAGAAGGCUCCAGAUCCUAAUGCAGCUGUAGAUCCACUUAUGAAAUACAUUUGCCACAUCUGCAACCGAGGGGAUGUGGAGGAAUCUAUGCUACUUUGCGACGGCUGUGAUGAUUCAUAUCAUACAUUCUGCUUAUUGCCGCCUCUUUCGAGCAUACCAAAAGGGGAGUGGCUUUGCCCACGUUGCGUAGUUGAGGAAGUCAGCAAACCCACAGAGGCGUUUGGAUUCGAACAGGCUGAACGUGAAUAUACCCUUCAGCAAUUCGGACAAAUGGCCGACCAGUUCAAAAUGGACUAUUUUCGAAAGCCCGUACAUUUGGUCCCCACGGAUUUGGUUGAACGUGAAUUUUGGCGAAUUGUAUCUUCAAUUGAUGAGGACGUUACCGUUGAAUACGGGGCCGAUCUGCAUACAAUGGACCAUGGUUCUGGGUUUCCCACUAAAAGCUCGCUCUAUUUGUUGCCAGGCGAUCAGGAAUAUGCCGAAUCGAGUUGGAAUUUGAAUAAUUUGCCAUUGCUUGAAGAUUCAAUCCUUGGUCAUAUUAAUGCAGACAUAAGCGGGAUGAAUGCUCCAUGGAUGUACGUUGGAAUGUGCUUUGCCGCUUUCUGUUGGCAUAACGAAGAUCACUGGAGCUAUUCCAUCAAUUAUUUGCAUUGGGGCGAGCCAAAGACUUGGUACGGAGUGCCAGGAAGUUGUGCUGAACAAUUUGAAGAAACUAUGAAACAAGCUGCUCCAGAAUUGUUUGCGUCCCAGCCGGACUUACUCCACCAGCUAGUGACAAUAAUGAAUCCCAAUAUAUUGAUGAAUAAUCGUGUUCCGGUAUACCGUACCGAUCAGAACGCAGGCGAGUUUGUGAUAACGUUCCCUCGCGCCUAUCACGCCGGAUUUAAUCAAGGCUAUAAUUUUGCCGAAGCUGUCAACUUUGCCCCUGCAGACUGGCUGAAAAUGGGACGCGAAUGUAUAAAUCACUAUUCAAUGCUUCGAAGAUUUUGUGUGUUUUCCCACGAUGAACUGGUCUGUAAAAUGGCAUUGGAGCCAGCAAAACUCACUUUCGGUAUAGCCACAGCUUGCUAUAUUGAUAUGGCCGAAAUGGUGGAUUCAGAAAAGAAAUUACGCAAAUCCCUUCUGGAAUGGGGAGUGACACGUGCAGAACGCAAAGCUUUCGAGCUCAUUCCCGACGACGAACGCCAUUGCCAAGAGUGCAAUACCACUUGCUUCCUUUCCGCCGUUUCGUGUGAAUGCACAAAGGGAAUCGUUUGCCUACGACAUUACACGGUUUUGUGUACUUGUCCCCCCGAAAAACAUACACUAUUGUAUCGCUACACUCUUGAUGAAAUGCCCUUAAUGUUACAAAAAUUAAAAUCGAAAGCCCAAAGUUUCGAGAGAUGGUUAUCUCGAUGUCGUGACAUUGUGGAUGCCAACACACCGACUUCAGUGACUCUGCAGGAGUUACAAGAACUCUGUAAGGAGGCAGAAGUAAAGAAAUUUCCAUCCUCUCUACUUAUUGAUCGCUUGAACGCCGCCGUUUUAGAGGCGGAGAAGUGUGUGACCGUCAUCCAGCAACUAGGAAUUAAUAAAGUCCGAACCCGUUCGGAUAAUAACUUGGAAGCUGCCCAAUAUAAGCUAACCAUGGAAGAGCUUGAGCUCUUCGUGCAAGAAAUCGACAAUCUUUGCUGUACUAUUGACGAAGGUGCCUCAGUUCGCGAGUUGCUGGUUUUGGGUAAAAACUUCUUGGAGCGUACCACUGAAAUUUUGAAAAUACCUCUUGAAUCUGUGGAGGAAUCCGAGUUGGAAUCGAUUAUUGGUGAAGGGAAUUCUUUACGUAUAGAACUGCCCCAAAUUCAGCAACUAAACAUGAGACUUAGACAGCUUAAAUGGUAUAGACGUUCACAGGGACUUCGUGCUGGAAGCUCUAAACUUACAUACGAAGACAUAACAAGUUUGCUGAAGGUAGCUGCUUCGGAAAUAGCGCCUACAGAAUCUGUUAUAGAUAAAGAAAUCAGAAAAUUACAGGAAAUUGGUGCCUCAAUCGAAGCAUGGGAAUGCCAAGCAAACAAGUAUUUCAAUUGUAAUAUACAGCGACAUGAACUGGACGAGAUCGAACAAUUUCUUAAGACAGCAUCGGAAAUUGAGGGUCAAGUACCAUCGUACAGUGUGCUGAAGGACGGCUUGAAAAAAGCAAAAGAUUGGUUACGGUCUGUUGAGCAGCUACAAGCCAAUGAUCACUUCCCAUAUUGCCACACACUCGAAUCUAUUGUAGCUCGUGGUUCAACUAUUCCCAUUAAACUUGAGGAGCUGUUGCGUAUGCAGGGACACUUAAAGAGUGCACACGACUGGAAGGAAAAUACAGAGCGAGCAUUCUUGAAAAGGAAUACGUAUUACACAUUGCUGGAAGUCCUAAUGCCAAGGGCAGAACCUGUUAUAAUCGAUUGUGAUCUUAAGAAACCGUUCGAAGAUAAUUUUGUGAAAGAAAUGAACCCGACUCAGAUCGUUGAUUCCGUCAAAUCAGCAGAAGAGAAGGAAUUGCGCGAUAUGAGAGAAUUGAGAAAACUUAAUAUGAACAAAAAACCAAACCGUGACGAUUAUUGCCUUUGCAAAUCAUCCUUUCAAGGUGUGAUGUUCAAUUGUCAAUUAUGUAAAGAUUGGUUCCACGAGGACUGUGUUCCACCGCCUCCAACAAACCCACGUGUCUUCUGCCAAGCAGAAGAGACUCAGAGGCCGAAAUGGUUAUGUCCAUCCUGUGUACGCUCUAAAAGACCACGUCUUGAAACUAUUUUACCGUUGUUGGUAUCGUUGCAAACCCUUCCCAUACGUUUACCGGAAGAUGAAGCUCUGCGUUGUCUCGCUGAAAGAGCCAUGAACUGGCAAGACAGAGCACGUAAAGCCCUUGCAUGUCCCGAUGUUGUAGAUGCUCUAGAAGUUAUUGCAUCUACUUCCCAACAACGCUGUAAGCAGAAGAAACGUAAAUCGGGCAAAUUGAAUACAUCUGAUCGCAAACAAAGGCGAAGUAGUCAGCGGAAUUCCAAGGACGAUGGUUCGGACAAUGCCGACUCGGAUGACGAGUAUCGACUUCAUAUAGUUGAGGAAAAUUUUAGCAACGACGACGAAGAUGAGGCAGAUUCAGUUCAAAUUGACGACAUCGCCAAUUCGAAUAAUGAAAACCGUUUCCAAAAGUUACUGUCAGACAGCGAAACGGAAAAUUUAGAAGAGCUUAUGAUGGAGGGUGACCUUUUGGAAGUAUCGCUUGAUGAAUCGCAAGAGCUUUGGAGAGUACUAUCGGCAGUUCAACCUUGCAAUAAUUCUGAAGCAGCUAUUUUGGUAGAACAGCAUCAAUCUAUGCUAAAACAGCAAAACCAUAACCAACCCAAACCGCCUUCCAGUGUCAAUUCCGCAGCGGAAGAUUCAAAUGAUAGCCUUCUUGUACAGAGUAGUCCCAAUAGUACCAGUAAUAGUGGUAAUGGGCGAACUUCUAGUAGCUCUGUAAAAAAGCGAAGGUCUCUGGACCCCGCCACAGGAUGUCCGGUUCCACGGAAAAAGAUUGUAACUCCGAGUAAACAAUCAGUCUCUGCCUCCAAUAAUAAUAAUGCAUCAGCAAAAAAAUCCGCCAGAAAAUCGGAUGCCACGUCAAAGAUGUCAGAGGAAAAUUCUGAAAAUUUCACCCCAACAAAGCAAGCAAACGGUGGUUCACAGUCAAAUAGUUUAGGGCCUGGAUCACAGAAGAAACACAGAAAACGGGUAGGGAACAAUAACACUGCUAACAACAGUUCUGGAUCAGCAAGCCAAAAGAAAAACUCUCAGAGAUCACAAACUGUUCAACAAGAGGAUGACGAGGAUGAGUGUCGAGCAGAAAAUUGUCACAAGCCUACAGGUCGUGAGGUGGACUGGGUUCAGUGCGAUGGUGGUUGUAAUGAAUGGUUCCACAUGUACUGCGUCGGUCUUAACCGGAGUCAAAUCAAAGCCGACGACGAUUACAUCUGCAUUCGUUGUUCCAAAAAUAUGAACGCCGCUGUUACAAGCGGUAUAACGUCAUCAAAUACGACAACAAACCAGAGAGGUAGAUCGCAAACAGCGCGAUAAGACGAUUUAUCUACCAUGUAUACAUAGUAAAUAUUAGAUCGAUAUUAAAAGAUUUUUUUUUGUGUACUGCAAAAAAUAUUUUGUGGGCGAAAUUAAAAAAUAUUGUCCUCACCACUACUUCCGUACCAUAUUGUUUAUAAGCAUCUGUCUACGAAACCACAAAGGCUCGGCGUCUUUUUACAGUGAUGAAAUUCGUUACAUAACAACAGUGAUUUUUUUUCAAAUCCAUAACUUUUCAGAUUCCUAUGAGCGUGAUUUUCAACUCCAACAGUGAAUUCGCCAAAUUCUACAACAGAUUUGUGAAUACGAAAUUGAUUAAUUUUUUUGAGAAAUCAUUCAGUGGUAAGAAAGAAGACGAACAAAUUAUCUGUUCGCAUCGAUAGGAGAGCAUUUUAUUUAAUCUUUUUAAAGUUGACAAAAAACGGCUCGAGUAAUAACUCGGCUUGACACAAUUAAGGAAAAAGUCGGGAUGUUAGGUUCAAUGGGUAACGAUGCAGAACAAUAUGAUGUAUGUAAUUUUAUUUAAAUACCACUUUAGUAUGUACUGUAUUAUUAUGCCUACUUAGUAAUUAAUACGAUGUUUAUAUAUGUUUUCACAUGCAUAUAUGUGCACACAAAGAGACGGAUUGUAAAUCGCCCGGAUGGACAAAAAACAUCAAAAUUUCACAUUGUAUAUCUUUUUAUUUUUAUCGUGUAAAGACUAAUUUUGACAUUUUAAAUAAUAUGUAUUUCACUCUUGAUAUAUUCUUACAUAUACAUACAUACAUAUUUUACGAAACCUUAAACUUAAAUUGAUGUAAUUCUAUAUAAUAAAAUAAAUGUAGUAUUUUAAACAAA